AUGCGCUUCAACGUUUAGUCAGCGAUUGCAAGUAUGGCGGACGACGACAAGCCUUCAACUUUAGCGAAAUCGUCAGAAAUAUCCUAUGGAAAUGUUAUUAUUACGCUUGACAAUGUCCUUAUACCUGACGCAAAACUCUCGCAAACCCCUUCUGCCAAUGAUGGCCUGGAAACGGAGACAGAAAUGGAUCUGAGAAUCCUUGGAUGUGAAUUCAUUCAGAUGGCUGGGAUUCUUCUCAAACUUCCUCAGGUUGCUAUGGCUACAGGACAGGUACUGUUUCAGAGGUUCUACUACUCAAAGUCGUUGGUCAAGCAUAACAUGGAGACGGUUGCCAUGGGUUGCAUCAAUCUAGCAUCAAAGAUAGAGGAGGCACCUAGGAGGUUGAGAGAUGUCAUAAAUGUGUUCCAUCAUAUACGACAGAAAAGGAACAAUAAAGCCGCUGAACCUAUCAUAUCCGACCAAAAAUAUAUCAACCUGAAAAAUCAGGUGAUUAAGGCUGAACGAAGAUUACUCAAGGAACUUGGUUUCUGCGUCCACGUCAAGCAUCCGCACAAGAUGAUAGUGACGUACAUACAGGCGCUGGAGUGUGAGUCCAAUACUCAGCUCGUCCGCACAGCAUGGAACUACAUGAAUGACAGUCUAAGGACUGAUGUCUUUGUUCGCUACACCCCAGAGACCGUGGCCUGUGCUUGUAUAUCCCUCUCCGCUAGGCAAAUUGGACUACCUUUGCCUAGCAAUCCUCCAUGGUAUGGACUUAUGGGAGCCACUGAUGAACAAGUAGAAGACAUCUCCCUCAUCAUCCUCCGAUUGUACACCAGGAAGAUCAAAAGCUAUGAAUACUUGGACAAGAAGGUGGAGCGAUGUCGGAUGGUCAUCCAAGAGGCCAAGCUCAGGGCCAAAGGUCACCUGGCGGAGUCCGGAGCCAACAGUCAGGCAGGGACACCCAGCAGCUUCUCACCUCACACAUCAAGACCGAGUUCGCCCAAAUUGAACAACGACUCUCCGAGUGGUCUGCCUAAGAUGUAUAAAGUCAACUCUAAUUCUAUCAAGGAGGAAGCUCACUCUGGAUCGGCCUCAGGAAGCACCAAGAGCAGGGAAAAUGGCAAAGCGGACAAACACAAAAGAACCCCAUCUUCGUCCAUCUCGACCAGGAGCCGAUCUUCAAGUCGUGGUCGAAGAUCCAACAGCCACGACUCUGCCAUGGACAGGCAUUCCUCCCGGGACCGAAGCUCACGGAGCCGGAGCACCUCACCUCGCAAUAACCGCAAACGGCAAUCCAGCAGCAAGCGCAAGAGGGACGACCACAAGCGCAGCCGGCGGGACCGCUCCGUCAGCCCCAAGCACCGCCACGGGCACAAGACGAAACGGAACCGGACCCCGCCCCGAGGCUACAGCAGCCGAAGCAGGUCGAGAUCGAGGAGCAGGUCGCGGGAGCGUCGGCACAAGCGCCACUAUAGUCCAUACAAUGACUCUACCAAAGAAUCCUCCCACUCUCGCCACAAGAGUAGGAGCAAACACAGAAGGGAGCGGUCCACGUCCCGCUCUAGAUCCCCUAUAUCGCGCUCCCGUAAAUCAUCCAAAAGAGACUCUGGGAGAUCCCAUGCCAAUGACCAUCGGAGAAGGUGACGUCAAUUUAUCACUGUGCCUUGAAUGAAGAAUAUGUUGUAUCAUCGAUGUUUAUCAAUGACUUUAUAAUGUGUAAGUAAAGAUAUAAACAGGAUCGUCUUUAUAAUACAGUACCAUUUAUAAUUAAUGUAAAGAUUAAGAUUUGAUGAGAUGAAGGGUAGAAAGUCUGGAUUCUACAUGUUGAGGCGUGCAUUGUCACAUUGCUCAGGAUGAAAAUAACUUUUUUGUGUUUUGUGUGUUUAAAGAAAAUUUGAUAACAUGUUUUUCACCCUUGGUAUCACUUUUUUUUUAAAAGAAAUUGGUAUAUAACAUGUAUCUCUUUAUCAAGAACUGAAAUGCCAAAGGAAGGUAAAGAUCUUGAAAUAUGCUGCUUACUUGAAUCGAAGAAGAAUGUAAUUGUACUAUUUUAACAUACAUGUAGAUCACUCUCUGAAGUGAUAGAAAUUCAUGCAGGACCUGUACUGGUAGUAAUAUAUCUGGAUACAUUGGUAAAUGCAACCAUUAUUUUCAAAUCUUUGUGAACAUUUUCUUCUUUUAGCUACCAGGGAUCUGUUUCACAAAGCCUUUUUUUUCAAUGACAAACGACAAAAAUCAGUGAGAAAUCUGAUGAUAACCAAUCAGAAGCAAGGAUUUCAGUAGCUUAUAACAAAAUCUUACAAUUGUCACUGAUGACAAGUUUUAUGAAAUGCCCCCCCCCCCCUGAUAUCUUUGGUUAGACCUGAAGAGAGGGAGCAGCAAUUUGGAAGAUUGUAUCCUUUAUAAUACCAAAUGCGCUACAGUGUAUUUUCAAAUGUAUAUUUCCCCCUGAAUUUUAUGUUUAACGCACCCUAUGAGACUAUGAACAAGUUUCCCCUCACCCCAUCAAAAAAAAUUGAUAUCAAAUGAAGAAGAAAAGAAUUGUAUAUUAGCAUUUUGUUACUUGUAACAAAUGUUCUAGAUGCGUUAAUCAGGCUAGCAUGAUAUUUGAAAGGGGGGGGGGGAUGGAUUCUAGAAAUAGGAUACACACAAGAUUCUUUCAUUUUUAUAGUAGGGAUAAUUAAAAGAAUCAAUUAAAUCAUGCAGUCUUGUCUGGCACUGUUGCUAUCUGUUUAAGAUUUAAAAUUGUUUCAUUUGUUGAUAAAAGAGAACAUUCCUGUCCUAUAUUCUUAUUUCUCCCCCAUGCAUGAUGUUGUUUCUUUGUGUGGACAGUAGGUAACUGUUUGAUAGCUAUACUAUUAUACUUUGUGCUGUUAUGUUGUGUUAUCUGUUACUUCAAAUGGCAGAUUCAUUAGCAAUGCUGCAGUGGCUUAUAUUCGACAAUACCUCUUAUGUUUACAAUAUUUUAACGGUACUAAUUAACAUAUUAAAUUUACAUAAGGGGAAUGAGAGCGAAACUCGUCUUUGCCCAUAACUUCACAGAAUAUUUUUUUUAAAAAACUUAAAAUAAAGAGAGUAGUAACUAUAUAUAGAUAUUCAUAGACUGGACUGGGAUAACUCCAAAUUUCUUAUUUGUCAGACAGCUGCUUAGCAAUUGAGCAUGAUUAAAAUUUCAUGAGAAAAGUUUUUACCCUGGUUUGUCAUGCAAUUAAAUUAAAUAAUACUUUGGACCUUUGCUAAGACUGCAUGGAUAUGCGUUUUGGAUGUGUCCUGAAUUUAACAAUUAAAAAAAAGAAAAGAAAAUCGAAUUAAAUAAUACUUUGGACCUUUGCUGAAGACUGCAUGGAUAUGUGUUUUGGAUGUGUCCUGAAUUUAACAAUUAAAAAAAAGAAAAGAAAAUUAAAUUAAAUAUUUCUUUGGACCUUUAUUGAAGAACUGCAUGGAUAUGUGUCUUGGAUGUGUCCUCAAUUUAACAUUUAAAGAAAAAAAAAAAAAAAAAGGUUCAUGAUGUAGUAUUGUAUCUAUAGUUAAGAAAGAAGAAAAUGUGUAGUAUUGCUGUUAAUGGCCUGAUCAGAUAUGACGCGAUAAACUGCCUCGGAGAAGAAAAACACCGCUUUAUUUGACAUGUAAAUGAAUGGCAACUCCGCACAUCAAAGGUCCUGUGCAUAUUUACUGAACUCUGCAUUGCAAGAUAGGAAAUGUGAAACGUAUCGCACUUUACAUCAUAAAAAAAUUACCACGUUUUUGCCGCGUCGAAUCUGAACGAGGCUACAACUUGCACUUUGAUCUGCAAAUUUACUCUAAAGUCUGCAUACUGGUAAAAUAUCUGCACCUAUUAGCUACUCUUCAUUGGUUGGAUUGUCCAAAAAUGAAGGAAAAAAUAUGUUUGUUGUCCUCACAAUAAUAUAGUUAUGAAUUCCUGAUCGUUUCUGAUAUUUCUUUUUCCUAUUGUAUUUUUAACGAUGUCGAAGGGUCCCUUCUCUUCCUAUGAUUGUACACGAUAUUUUUAUAUAAAGGUUACUGAAAACAAGUUUGGUCAUAUUAUGUGUCGAACAAAUCAAUGUGUACGGUUAUUUGUUAUGAGUUGAACAUGAAUUUUACUUUUAAGGAGUUUUGUGAAUUGACAAGAUAACUAGUAUUGCUGUUGCCAAGCUGUUUGACUGUAUUGAAUUUUCUUUUGUAAUAAAGUCAUCACUUCCCUUUGUGAAUGAGACAAAUAUA